AUCCUGGAAAGGAUUCCUUCUAUACUUCUAUAUAACAGUCAAGGCGUUCAACUUCCGGGCAUCCAGGCAGAACCGGUCUUUCCCUGGCUUCGACACCACUGUUGUGCGAUUGCUCCACGGGCUUUUGCUCUCCUCAAUGACACCCAGCUCCAACAUCUUGUCGAUUUCAUCUUCGACCCCCUUCUGCUUCGCCGGAGACAUCGGAUACGGACGAUCCUUAAAGACCCGAGCUCCUUCCAUCAGCUCAAUGGAAUGCCUCUCCAUGCUGGUGACUCCGAGGCCCUCCCUUUCAAGAUGCUCCAUCUGGCUGGCAUGGAUUUCCUCCGCUGCCUUGACGCUUCUCGUCACCGGCUUCCCCACGACGGCUGGAGCUAGUCCGAAGGCUCGCCAGAAGUCGACUCCGAAGCAGCUCCAAGCGUCCGAUGAUGGAUCGAUCCUCGCAAGAAGCCGUCCGGACUACCGAAAAAUACGGUUGGACGGUAACUCCCAGCGUUUCCACGAGCUCUCUUUGCCCAGCACACUUACGCUGGCGCCUGUGUCCAACAAGCCGGUGAGCUGCUUGCCCAAGGCUUCCACGUCGGCGAAGGGUCUAGGAUCGGCGGAAUCUAUGCGUUUAACGGCUGCCACCACCUCUCGUCGUCUUGAUCUCCUCACCCUGAAGCGCUCCCUCGCCUUCUGGACUCUCCGUGAGACAAGACGCAUGCCGCUCAGCUGAUGUUCCGCAAAGAUCCGGUUCCGUGCCUCCAUAUAACGGCGAAGCCUCUCAUCCUCCAGUAGGUAUCUUAACAAAUACUUAUGACUAUUAGAUGGACUAUGUAUAUUCUUGUUUUCGUCUUCUUUCUUCGGAACUACUUCGCGGGACUCCAACCUGGGCGAGUCCCCUCCCGCUUUCGGACUGCCCAGCCGACCGUUUUCUGCGCAAUCGGGACAUUUCGGAGAAAUCACGCCCGGCUUGCCGCACCGAAAACAAAACCUCCUCCACUCCGUAGACUCGCAAUCCUGGAAUCCGUGCUCCGCAGGCCCGCAAUUCCAGCAACCUGGCCUGAAUGGAUUUCGGACUCGCCCACGUAGCUCGUCCACUUCCAGGUUUCGCUGCUCGUCGAUUUCGUCCUGUACGUGCGCCUCGCUGACCCGUAACUUGCUCUGCUGCAAGUAAGCAGCACGCCCUCGACGACCGAAACUCCUCUCUACUUCGAUGCCGUCCCUCAAGCCCUUUUUCACCACCUUCACCAACUGCCGCUCUUGCAUUGGUUUUUUAGGCGUGAGGCGAGAUGCUACAUCGAACGGAUGUAGUCAUCCGCGCUCUCUCCCGGCUGUUUCUUACGUUGUAGAAGCUCAUGCAUCCUUUCUUGUUCCGUCUGGUGACCACGGCACCGAUCCAUCAGAGCCCUGCGCAGCUGGGCCCAUGAGUCCACUCUGGACUGGCGUACGUGUACCAAGUACCACCAUUUCGCUCUUCCCGAUAGGAGUACGUGGAAGUUGCGCAGGACUUCACUCCACGGCACUGAUGCUGCCGCUGCAGGAACUCUAGACUGAACACGAAAUCGUC